AGAAAGGUGGGAUCUGUAGCAGUGCUGCUGAGGCUGAAGUUUUCCAAAAGGAUACCAAACGCAGCUGCAGAGGCUGCUAGCUCCAACUGUAGCAAACACAAGUCGAUGACUGAGAACUACCCCUCCCACGAUGGAGAAGAAAAGUGCCAACGGCUUUCAGACCAAGGGCAGUGAGGGCGGUGUCCAGAGGAAGCAGCUGCCCUACUCAGUGGAGACUCCCUAUGGCUUCCACUUGGACCUGGACUUCCUGAAAUAUGUUGAUGAUAUUGAAAAAGGCAAUACCAUCAAAAGAGUCCACAUCCAGCGCAGGGUCAAGGGCCCACCCAAAUUCAGCACUCUACCCAGAAAUUUCAGCCUCCCAGGGCAUGGAGCCAGACCUGCCCCUAAGGAAAAGGAUAGUACAUGGUCCGGGACAUCCACAUUGGGGCCCAAGCCUAAAUCACGGGUAGCAGAGGUCCAACAGAUUUAUGAUUUCAGAGCAAGUGAAGGAGGGACUUACAGCCAGAGCAACAGGGGAAUAAGCAGUCAGGGAACUGGCUACGUUUCAGCUAAGCCCAGAGAUGAAGGUGCAGGGGCUCAGGGUGUGGAGGAGAAAUCUGUGGGAAUUCAAAGUCGUCCAAACCUGCUUCGAGCAUCGAGCAUGCCCAUCACUCUACAACAGCGUAAAGGUUCUGAUUCAAGCAGUCCAGACCGUAUUGUGGGAACACCAGAAAAUGGCUCAACAGAGAACAUCUUCCGUGCUUCACCGGACAUAACAGAAAGAAGAUGUCUUCCCCAGGAUCGGGCAGGGCUUCACCAACAGAUCACAGUAGCAUUGAAGCGUGUCAGAGAGCUGGAAGAGCAGGUUAAAACCAUCCCAGAACUAAAGGCUCAGAUCUGCUCACUGAGAGAGGAGAGGGAGAAGCUACUGGUUCAACUCCAAGCUCAGGCCAAGGCACAGGCUUCCGCAUCGUCUUCUACAAUAGCCCAAAGUUCUGAUGCUGGGACAUACACCCUGCCACAAGGACACAGACCUCCAGAGGGAUUUAACUUGGCUCUGAUAACUCAACCCUCUGGAGGUUUAGAACCUGUAAAGCCAAUAACAGGAAAAGACAAACAGGUUGUCACAGAGAAAACUAGAGUGUUACAAAAAGAGAGGGAGAUAAGACAGGAAUCUGUAAAGAGGUCAUCAGCAUGUGAAGAAAUAGGUGGGUUGUCAAAGCAAGAGGUGAAGACACAGCCAUCAGAAAAAUCUGACAAACAAAAAGAGACAAUAGAGAAGCCACUGGAACAAGCAGUGCAAAAGCUAUCACGGGACAUUGAAGGACAGGAAAUAACAUCACUUAGGGGGGCUAUGAAAGAUGCAGAGGUUAGCAGUAUUCAAGAUGGUAAUGCAGCAAAAGGAGGUAAGCAUGAGGACUCAGGUAGUGCCCAGAAUUUGCAUGAGAAGCUAAUGAUACUGGAGACAAAACUAACUCAGGCUACCCAUGAUCUAGAGAAAACUAAUACUCUUUUGAAGGUACAAAUGGAGGAGAACAAAGUAAAAGAAGAUAGAAUACUACAGCUGAGUGAAGGAAUGAGAGUGGAGGUGUGUACGACGGAAGUACACAGUAGGCCAAGAAGAGAAAGUAUCGAUACUGGGACAGAGACAGAGAAAGUAGAUUUUGCCAAUCAAGAGACUGAGACAGAAUCGCCAAAUAGAGUAGAUCAGGGAACAGACACAGAGAGAAUCUGUGUUGAAGUGUGUGUGCCCACAACAAGUACUGGAAGUAUAGAUAAAGGAGCAGAACCUAUAAAAGUUGACGUUCGAGACCAGGUGACAGAGAUUGAGGCAGUUACUGCUGUAAGCCCACCAAGACCCAGAGCCAACAGCAUGGAACGGGGCACAGUAACUGAAAGAGUCGCCACUCAGGAUCAAAUGACUGAGACACCAGUGGCCGAAAGGGUGAACCAGAUCACGGAAACAGAGGGAGAGACAGACCAUCCGUUAAGACCGAGGGCCAGCAGUGUAGACAGAGGGACAGAGACAGAGAGGGUGGACACGGUGGACAGGGUGACAGAGACAGAGGCAGCACAGAGGUCAGACCAGCAGACUGAGACAGAGAUGGAAAGACGACAGGACAAUAAUCCUACAAGAAACACAGACGCAGAGAGUCAACGGACAGAAAGUGCAGGCAGCCAGAGAGUGGAUGUUGAUACUAUGGUCAGUGAAAGAGAGGAAGGUAGGGAAGCGAAUGAAAGAAUCCAAAGUGAUAAUAGAGAUGGUGAAAGUGCAGCCUUGAAAGUUGCUAUAGAGAGUGAUGUUGAAGUUAAAGAUAGCGCAGUUGAAUUUGUAGUUUCAGACAUUGUAAACCAGGUGGAAGGGCGUACUAGUCCACUUGCUGCAACAGGAGAAAAUGUAGAACCUAAGAUUGACAUAAGCACUGCACAGAAUGACUCAGAAACAAAGGAAAUCCUGCCCUCUGAGAGUGGAUUAACAAAAAUUGUUGAAACCCAACAGGUCCAACCUGUAGAAAAGAAGCAGGAAGAGAGUGAGAUUGUGUGUGUAAAAAUCAAAGAAACAGUGGUCACUGAAACUGUUGUUGUAGUUGCAGCAGAUGAUACAGCUAUGAAGACAGUAGUUCCUGUGAGACCUCAGAGAGGCCAGAGACCAGCAGACCAGGCACAGCAGCCACCUAUUCAACUUCAGGCUGCUCCUGUACGUCCUCGUAGGGGAUCCAGUGAAACUCAAGCUCAGCAGUCCCAGUCUGAGACAAAAAAACAGCCCCAAACACAGAUACAGAGCCAACCUCAGCCUGAGGCUCAAUCCCCAACACAGGUCUCUGAGCCACAGGUAAAACAGGAAUCCCCAUCUCCAUCUCAGGUUGAGGACAGCACCCUUGUAAAGAGGCCUCCAGGGGAAUCGAGUGAAAAACAAUCCCAAUCACAACCUCAAACUGAGACUCAGGGCCCAGCUCCAAGCUCCAGAGAUGACCAAACCCAACCCAAAUCAAUUCAAGCCCCAUCUCAAAAGUCUGCAACUCGACGGGACUCAAAGGAGCUUAAAACAGUACAGAGGGGAACUAGUAUACCACAGUCUUCUAGUCGUGGACCAGGGGAAGCCAAGACCCACCCAACUCGCCAGGGGUCGAGUGAAGGACAACCUCAGUCUCGUAGAAGUUCCGGUGACACUCAAGCCCCUCAAAAAGGUGCCGGCGACACACAAUCACUGCGCAGAGGCUCCAGUGAAGCAGCUCAGCGUCGUGGUUCAGGUGAAGCCCAGGGCUCACGCAGAGGCUCCAGUGAGUCACCAAACUCUCCUGCAGCUUUAGGCCAAGUUGUAACCAGGUUAACAGGGCUUCUGGGGGAGCAAUGGGCACAGCUGGGGAGCAGCUCCGGAGCUCAACAGACGGCCAGCCAGCAGGAGAGCCCCAUCACACAGAAACAGACGGCAGGGAAAAGAGCAGAGGCAGGGAAAGGAGCAUCAGCCAAGCCUGCAGGGAAAGCGGUCCCUGCAGCUACAACAGGCAAACCAGCAGGAAAGCCUGGUCCUUCCAAAAUGAGUUCUAUUCAGAGUCAAUUGGUCAGCUCCCUCAGUGUCCUCUCUGCCUUCUACUCACCAGCCCAGAAAGCUGCUGCUGCCAGCAAACAGCAAGAACAAGGUCUCAAAUCUAUUAUGAAGAAAAAUGGUGUUGCUGACAAGCAGGGGAACAAGGGAGCCAAGAAAAACCUGAAGUUUGUUGGGGUGAAUGGAGGCUAUGAGACCACAUCUAGCGAGGAGUCCAGUGGAGAUGAGAAGUCCAAGAUGGAAGCAGAGGAGGAAGACAGCUCAGAGCCAGAGGAGGAGAAGAAGAAGGAGGAGCCCCAGCCUGAGGAGAAGCCUGAGGACGCAGCAGAGACCCAGGCAAAGGAUGCAGAGGUCUUACCUGAGGAAGGAGGUGCAGCGGCUGCGGAGAAGGAGAGCGAAAUAGGCCUGUUGGAUCCAGAGACCAGCCAGGAACUGCUGGAGGAACAGGCUGAAGGGGAGAAAGUUGAAAAGGCGUUUAUAGACGCUUGCCUCUAUGUAAAGGAUCGUAUGGAAGAGGUUUCAUCCCCAGAUAAAGAAAUGCGUCAAGUUUUAGUGGUGCUUUACCAGGAGUGGUUCAAGAUCUCCAGUCAGAAAGACUCGCAGGCUGAUACUGUCAGAUUAUACCUGCGGCAAGUGGGCUUGACCACACCUACCCUCCUGCCAUAUGUAGUUAACUUGACAGAUGGCAAUGGGAAUAUGGCCCUCCACUACAGUGUGUCACACUCCAACUUCCCCGUGGUCAAACUGCUGCUGGAUACUGGACUAUGUGAAACGGACAAUGUGAACAAGGCUGGCUACACCCCAGUGAUGCUGGCUGCACUGACAGCUGCUGAAAGCGCUGACGAUCUGGAAGUAGCGCAACAACUUUUGAAGCUGGGUGACGUCAAUGCACGCUCCAGACAGACGGGCCAGACAGCACUUAUGCUUGCGGUGAGCCAUGGGCGCGUUGCCAUGGUGAAGCUGCUGCUGAGCUGCGGCGCAGAUGUAAAUGCCCAGGACCGCGAGGGCUCCACCGCCCUGAUGUGUGCCAGUGAACACGGACACACUAAUAUAGCCUCUCUGCUGCUGGAGACAGGAUGCUGUGACACAAGCCACACAGAUAAGAAUGGACAGACAGCCCAGUCGGCAGCAGAAGCAGCCUCCCACCAAGACAUAGUUGACCUUCUGAAGGCCCACGCUGAGGCCAAAACCUCUGAGCCCCAGUCUACCACAGACCUCCACUGAGCCAGGCCGAUGCUGUUGACUCCUCCAGACUACCCCAGCUCGCUCACCCCAACGCCUGAUUCCAAGACCCUCUCUCUAACUCAACAACACAAAGGGAGGGAGAAGCUGAAAUAAAAAGACAUGGUGUCACCCUACAGAACGUUCUCUGUAUGAGGGCGCAUAUGCUCUGUUUACCCAGGAACUUUAGGAGCUCACAUACAAACCUCUGAGACUGGAGCGUCCUACAGUGCACGCCCACAAUUUUCUUCCAC